AUGGAAACAAAAGUCAUCUACUUCACGGUGAACGGGAGACCGGAGCAGGCGGAGUUCCCGGUCGACUGUCCGACUCAGGACGUCAAAGAUCUCUUCCGCUCUGCUGCUGAGGCCGGACCCCAUGACAUCCUGAAACUGUACAACCCUAAAGGCAACAUCAUCAACAUUUCUCCGAGCCUGGAACCCAACAGCCCCAACCUGUGCUACAAGCUGGAGGUGGUGGCUGCCGACUGCAACAGUGAGCUGUUAGGUGCCGAGCUUGCUGGUGCACUAGGAUUUGACCUGUCAUCCAUGGAAAAAAGACUGCAGGGCCUGGAGAAGAAAAUCCUCAUUGAGGCUGGCGAGACGCCUGCAGUUGUGUAUGAGAUGAAGAAGCAGGUGGAUUCAUUCAGAGAGAAACUGGAGAGUGUGGAGCAUCUAAGCUGGCUGGGGCUGUUCAAAGAUCUCUCGGAGGGAACCCACAAGCCCUCGCCGUUCUACCACAAAAGGACGCUGCGUAAAACCAGGGAGGAGUGUGAACAUGUGCGGGAAAAGUUCCUGCAAAUGAGCUCUUUGGAGGUAUCUGAGGAAGUGAGGCAGUACCUGAAGACGCCAACCUUUGAUAACUGGCAGUGGGAGGAUGCAGAGAUUAUGGUGCUUCUGCAGGUCAUGUACACAGAUUUAGAUUUCAUACCAACCUUCAACAUCGAGCCCGAAGUCUUGCAGCAGUUUUUGUUCGAAAUCUAUCGCAGAUACAACAACAUCCCUUUCCACAACUUUAAACACUGCUUCUGUGUGACCCAGAUGAUGUAUGGUUUGAUCUGGCUGACUGACCUGAGGAGUAAGAUGGACAGCAUUGACCUGCUGAUCAUGCUGACCUCUGCAGUCUGCCACGACCUCGACCACACGGGAUACAACAACGCCUAUCAGAUAAACGCUCGGACUGAACUCGCUCUGCGCUACAAUGACAUCUCUCCUCUGGAGAACCACCACUGUGCUGUAGCUUUCGAGAUACUGGAGAGGACAGAGAGCAACAUCUUCAGGAAUCUAUCCAUGGAUCAGUACAAACGGAUACGAGAGGGGAUCAUCAAAUGCAUUCUGGCCACUGACAUGUCGAGGCACAAUGAGGUUCUCAACAAGUUCAAGUCCAUCCUUCCAGUGUUUGACUUCACCAACAAGGACCACAGAGACGUGCUAAUGACGAUCCUGAUCAAAGUGAGUGACAUAUCCAACGAGGCCCGGCCCAUGGAGGUGGCUGAGCCCUGGCUGGACUGUCUUUUACAGGAAUUCUUCAACCAGAGUGACGUGGAGAAGUUGGAGGGCCUUCCCGUUACCCCCUUUAUGGACCGGGACAAAGUAACCAAACCUUCGUCUCAAACAGGCUUCAUCAGAUUCGUUCUUCUGCCUCUCUUCAUCGAGCUGGCCAACCUCUUCCCCUGCCUGGAGCAACACAUUAUCCAUCCCGUCCGGAAAGCUCUUGACUACUACACAGAGAUGGAGAAAGCUCUGGAGACGGAGCAGCAGAACCGGGCUCAGAGCGAGAAUGCAGCCAAGAGCAAGGAGGCAGCAGGAGGCCGACAAGACAGCCAGACGGAUGCCGGGCCAGACACCUCGAAACCAGAGUCACAGUCAACAUGA